AUGGCUGCUCUCGAUAUCAAUCAAGUUCGUGCUUGCUUUCCGUCCCUGGAAUCAGGGCACAUCUAUGCCGAUAAUGCGGGGGGGUCGCGGACUGCCCAGGCAGUGAUCGAUCGGAUCGUGGAUUAUCUGUCCAACACCAACGUACAACUGGAAGCUGGCUAUUCGGCUAAGAACUCACAGCGCGUUGUUGAGGGUUCCAUCGCCGCUGCAGAGUUGUUCAAUGCUACAUCUCUUGACGAAGUUGGGUUUGGAUCGAGUUCGACGAUGCUCUUUGAGAACAUCGCUAGAGCAAUCGAAAAUGAUAUCCAACCUGGAGAUGAAUUCAUCAUCACCUAUGAACAUGAAGCCAACAACGGUCCUUGGAAGCGUCUGGCUGCGCGGCGCAAUGCCGUGGUCAAAUACUGGCAUCCUACACCAGUAUCUGCAGACAAUCCAUACUCGGUCACAUACAAGGUUGAAGAACUUUUGCCGCUCGUUUCUUCACGCACCAGGCUGGCCGCGAUCACCGCGUGCUCCAAUAUUUUAGGAUCCGUAAUUCCUGUGGAAGAAGCAGUGAAAGCUCUUCGCCAGCGUGCAGAAGAGCAGGGAGCAAGAAAGUUUGAAGUGGCUUUGGACUGCGUUGCAUAUGCAUCGCACAGAAAAAUGGACGUCCAAAAGUGGGAUGUCGAUUACUGCGUGUUUUCUGUGUACAAGGUGUUCGGGGCUCAUAAUGCCGCUGCUUACGUGCGGUCAGCGGCUCUGCAGACAUCCUUAACAUCCAUUGUCCAUGAUUUCUUUAAGGUGGACAACAAGCCCCAUAAGUUUCAACCAGGCGGUCCAGGCAACGAGCUCGUGUAUGGUGCAGCGGCAAUCGUGCCAUAUCUAAAGUCGUUGACUCCAGAAGAUAAUCUUGUAGCAUCUUUCAACGCAAUCACAAACCACGAGCAGGAAAUUUUGACGCCCCUGCUCCGCUUUUUGACGGAUGCAAAGCAAGUUGAGAGGGGUGUUCGCAUCAUGGGGACAAGCGAGAUCGAUCCCUCGAGGAUUCCCACUGUCUGCUUUGUUGUCGUCGGACAGAACGCGAUCAAGAGCAAGGAUAUUGUGGAAGCAUUUAACAAAAAGGGAGGGAUAUCAAUACAACACGGCCACUUUUGCGCGUAUUAUCUUAUCGAUAGUCUACGCCCAAAGCUAGACGUGAAUGACGGGGUCGUCCGUAUCUCAUUCGUCCACUAUAACACCGUUGAGGAAGUGGAGAAGAUCGUGGACGUUCUCCGGGAAGUUUUACGAGAGUAG